CCUGCAAGCCCUGCCGCAGAGCCGCUUAUGACGAAAAAUAAAGCAUUUGACUUCCUCCCCACCAGCUCUGCCACUAACCACAUAUCUCCACCAUGACUACCACGACUUCUCAGAACGCCGCUCGACUACAACAUCUGUGGGAGGCCUCACAUGCGCUUGCAACUACGGCCCCCGCGGUAUCCGCGCAUUUGAUGUCCCGCUACCAAUUGCUGUCCGCCGAGGACCUCUCCACUUCCGCUGCGAGUCGACGAGGUGUGGCAUGCCCUUUCUGCGGCACCAUCCGCAACCCAGGCAGCGCUACAGACACCGCAGAGAGGAGAACAAGGAGGGAUCAAGAGACCAAUGUCGAUGGAGACGAUGGGACGUAUACAUGCCCCGCGUGCAAAAAGAUAACCGCCGAUGACGCCGAUAUCCCAUCGCCCCCAAAGCGCUCAAAGAUUGCCUUCUCCUCCACCUCUACUAGCGCCACCACCGCGACCACAGCGACCACAACAGCUGCCAUAAUCUCCUCGGCAACUACCGUAUUACCGACCACAUCUACAUCCACAUCCAUACCCACUGAAGCGAACACUCCGCCGAUCAGCAACAGCAAAACAUCCUCGAAGACUAAGGGCAAAUCGCGAAAAGGGGGCAAAGCAUCGCUGUCAAAGAUGCUCGCUGCUCAGAAACAACAGGGUAAUAACGGCAACGGCGGAGUGCGUGGGGGCUUUGGACUCGAUCUUAUGGAUCUUCUCAAGACUGCAUGAUACAUAGCUCUGUUCGCUCCAAUUAAUCUCGUUUGUGCUGGUGGUGGUGGAGGCGGAAAGAGAGGCGAGCCCUAUCAGAUAGGGAAGGCUUGAAUGACUGUUCGCCGAGGCCUCCUUGACAUCGGAUUCAACCGAUAAGUGACAGGCGCCAUUCGUUGUUAGCGCCCGUUUUCGACAGUCUACGCCUGCGAUUCUCCCGGUGCCGCCGCCACUGCCCUGCCCAUUCCUGUCAGGGAAGUGUCACGUCCGGUGAAGCCGAUCGGGCUUGCGUGACAGCGUCCCACCGAUUAUCGCUCUUGCCCCGAAGAGGCUGUUGGGAUGAGAGCACGAGAGCGAGAUGGGAACCGCUGCGCUGUGAUAAGCCUCUUUACUGGGAACCCACCAUCUCCACCUCGCUUUCAUGCAAACACAAGGGGA